AUGUUAAGACAAUUAGUUGUAAAGAAUAGCUAUUCAAAUAUAUUAAAUAGUGGUGCAAUAAAAGCAAUUUUGAACUACACUACUUUUAAUAGUGUAAAUCAUGCAUAUCGAUUUAGAGCAUACUGCUCGAUUGCACCACCUCCCUAUAAAGUAUUAUUCUUUGGCACUGAUCAAGUAUCAAUUAAUACAUUGACUCUAUUACAUGAGAAUAACAAGAUAAAGAAUAAUAAUAAUAAUAACAAUGCAGACACAUCAAUAUCGACAAACAAUAGUAAUAACAAAUUAGUUGUUGAUGAACUUGAGGUAGUUUGCCCAGACAACAAGAAUGAAUUAGUUUAUCAAUAUGCAAAAAGUAAUAAUAUUCCUAUGUAUCAUCCUGAUAAAGAGAAUGGAAUGAAAGGUUUCAAAGUUCCAUUGUCUUCGAAAUCAAACCAACCAUUUGACAUUGCAAUUGUUGUAUCAUUCGGUUAUUUUAUACCCAAAUCAGUACUUUCAUCUUUCAAGUAUGGUGGAAUCAAUAUGCAUCCGUCACUAUUACCUAGACAUAGAGGACCUGCACCUAUACAUCACACCUUGCUCUCUGGUGAUAAAGAAACAGGAAUAUCAAUUAUAACACUGGACCCAAAGAAAUUCGAUGUUGGUGAUAUUUUAUUACAAACAAGACAAAAAAUAAGACCAGAUAUAUUAUAUUUAGAGUUAACCAAUAAGUUGACAACCAAUGGUGCUGCUAUGGUAAUCAAAACAUUGGAGCAAUUUGUUGAGAUGUCAAAGAAUGCCGUUGCACAGAGUGAAGUUGGUGCAACGAAAGCACCAAAAGUCAAUAGACAACAGAGUAAAAUCGAAUGGUCACAACACGAUUGCGCUACCAUUUGGAAUAUGUAUAGAGCGUUCAGCGAUACCAUCGGUGUCUCUACAACUGUCUAUAGUAAAAAGUAUAAGAAUUGGAAGCGUCUAAAGAUAACAGGUAUGCUCGCACCACCAGGUGCUGGUGUCGACCCAGUUGCCAACUCCAAACUCUACUCUUCACUCAACGAAGAUCUAAAGCAGCUGAGUGGCGCUGAACCUUAUGGAACCUAUUUCCUCGGAACCAACAAGCUGAUGUGGAUCAAAGCAAAAGAUGGUUGGAUCGGAGUCUCAAAGAUCUACGAAGACGGAAAGAAGAAUGAUGUUCAAGCUCACGAGUUUCUCUUUGGCAAAGCUGUAGUUUCACCAACGAAAAGCAACAACAGCAUUGCUGAAAAGAUUGAAAUACCUACAACACAAGUAUUUGUUUAA